UUGAAUUCGGUGAAUGCCGGAUCCAACCGGAACCCGAACCAUUUGCACCCUUUCAGCGAAUAUGGUGAGGCUCCUCUCUGCUCCGUGUCAUCGCCCUGAACCGUAACCUUCUGGUCGGAGAGUCACCCGUCGGAAGAUGGCGACGGCCGGUGGUUCCGGCAGCAGGCUCGACCGACCUUCUCUCUGCGUCUUCGGUCUUCCUUGCGACUUUUUCGACGGGGCGUGCCUCUUUGCUGGCGUGCGCGGGGCCGACCCUGCCUACGACCGCCGUGAAGGAAGAGGGGGGCCGGCCCUCGCCGGGUCGACGGGCAAGGCCGGAGAUGAGGACGGAAAAACGAGCAUCAGCAACAUGUCCAGAUGGUCCUGCAACACGUGCAGGGUCGAGUUCGAGUCCCUCGAAGAUCAGAGGUCGCACUUCAAAUCCGAUUUGCAUCGAUUCAAUGUAAAGUUGUCUGUUGCUGGGAAGAACACCAUCACCGAAGAUGACUUUGAUGAACUUGGAAGAGAGUCAUCACUCAAGGAUUAUGAAAUAUCAAGUAUAUCAGGAUCUGAUGAGGAGUCUGAUCAUGGAACGUAUCCAAAAGGUGGUUCACUGCAUGAAGUUAGGAAUGAUGUUGCAGGCGCUAAAAAGAAACUGAUGCUUACCCUUCCAUCAGGAGAGAUAGUUUCUGUUUGGAAGUGCUUACUGUUGUCUGAUAAGGAAGAUCUUCUACUAGAGAAUGACAGCAUAAAUUCUGAGGUUACCAGUCAAUGUGCUGCUCCAUGUCUGCAAGAGAUUGAUGUGAUUAAGAGACUUACAAGUUUAGUUUGUGAACCUCAUAAUGGGACAUAUCUGCGGAUUGUUUUACUUAUAAGUGGUGGACAUUUUGCUGGUUGCGUUUUUGAUGGGGACUCUAUUAUCGCCCAUAAGACCUUUCACAGGUAUGUUGUGAGGGCAAAGUCAGGAAAGAAGCAGUCAGCUAAAGAUGCCACUGGUAAGGCUGCAAAUUCUGCUGGAGCAUCUCUUCGACGGCAUAAUGAAGCUGCUUUAAAAAGGGACAUCAGUGAGCUGCUGAAUGCUUGGAAGCCCUAUUUUGGUGCAUCCAAAUGUAUUUUCCUUCAUGCUCCAUCAAAUAAUCGCGAGCUUUUCUUUGAGAAUGAAAAAUCAUUUUUUCAUCUUCAUGAGAAUGAUAUAAGACAUGUUCCUUUGACUGUCCGUCGGCCUACCCUGAAAGAAGCCAAACGUGUUUAUGACCUGUUGACUCGCAUUACCUACGAGGAAGUUCAAACCACCCAUCUGAAGGACCUGAAGGAUGAUCUUCAUACUGGAACAGAUAGCAUAUCUCAAGAUUUGGGUGGUUUGAUGUUGGAAAACCAUUUGAAGAAUGAGAAAAAUGCAACAUCUGAACAACUUUGUGAUAAUAAUGAUAUGAGCAUGGAAACAGAAAAUGGCACUGGCGAAGCAACCAACACAAAAAUUUCUCAAAAUAACACAACACCGCUGCAUGAAGCUGCUAAAUCAGGCAAUGCUCAAAAAACUCUGGAACUUCUGGAGCAAGGCUUGGACCCGUGCAUUAAAAAUGAACGAGGGAAAACGCCUUAUAUGGUCGCGACAGACAAAGAAGUAAGAAAUACAUUUAGGAGAUUCAUGGCUUUGAACCUAGAAAAGUGGGAUUGGCAUGCUGCUAAUGUGCCCAGUCCACUGACUAAGGAACUGGAGGAGUCUCAAGUAGCUAAACAGGCAGAGAAAGAUGCAAAACGGAAGGCUAGGGCCAAAGAACUAAAGAAACUGCGUAAAGCCAAAGAAAAGGCUCAGGCUCAGUCGGCAGUUUCCCAGGCCCCUACCACAGUAUCUGGCAGUUCGCAAGCUGUAACUAUGUCAAAUCAUAGGAGGCGCUCCAAUGACUUGCCUUCCGCUACAAGUGAAGAGGAAAAAAGGGCAGCUUUGGCUGCAGAGAGAGAGAAGAGGGCGGCUGCAGCUGAGAAGAGAAUUGCAGAGGCUCGUAAUGGCGUUGCUGGGAUGAAUACAACUCCAUCUCACGAUUACAAGUUAGGAGAAGUGAAGGAUGAUGUAAAGUGUUCUUGUUGCCUGGCUUCAUUGGCUGGAAAGGUACCUUUCCACAGGUACCACUAUAAAUACUGUAGUACUUCAUGCAUGCAUGUCCACAGGGAGAUGUUAGAGGAUAGUUAAUUCUUUCUCCCCCUCUUCUCAUGGUGGUAAUUCUAGUUAUAAAGGGUUGCCUCAUGCCAAAAUGGUCUACGGUCCCUUAUUCGUUCCAAUUUUGUCCUUCUUUGCUUCUUUUUAUAGCGUUAAUUUUAUUGUACCAUACAAAUUUUUCUAUGAAAAAUGGAAAAACAAGUACGGCUUCACUGAUAAAGCAUUCUACAAAGUGCUUAUUGAAACUUUUUUUUUUUUUUCAAAUUUUGUUUAAUGCUGAGAGGUGGAAAAGGGGUGUUAGGAGGAUUAAAGGGGCCACUGGUGUUCCUCGCAUUCUUUCAGGUAAAUAAUGAAAGCGUUUUUUUUCCUCAUCUGUGGCCCAUGUUACACUGCCAACAGUGUCAGGAGGAUUAAAGGGGUCGGUGGUGUUCCGCUGCAUUGUUUUGACGUCAAUAUCAAAACAUCAGUUGCAGUGAAGAAUAGGUGGUAGCCAGUACUUUUGUAUAACAUCUGGAUGAUCUUGGGGGGCAAAUGGUUUGAUUAUACUUCUCGGGUGUUCCUUUUGUUUUGGCUGUGCUGAAUCUGAUUUAAUUCGAUUGUCAGUGCUUUAGUUGAUUCAAAUCGACCCGUUUGCCCCUUAAUCCCUCUUCCCGUG